AUGAAUAAUAGCACAUCAAAAGUUCGAGCACCUCGCCGAGGUGUUGAUCGUAGUUUAACAUAUAUUCGUCAAUAUCCAUGUGGUUGGUAUCGUAUUUGUGAUUCUACUGAUAUACCAAAACGAGGUCAAGUUAAACAUGCUUUUGCAUUCGGUCGAGAAUUAGUUAUUUUUCGAUCCGAUGAUGAAUCAAGUCAAGUUUAUGUCCUUGAUGCAUUUUGUAUACAUAUGGGUGCAAAUUUAGCUAUUGGUGGACGUGUUAUGCCAGGCACAAAUUGUAUUCAAUGUCCUUUUCAUUUAUGGGAAUUCAAUGGACAAGAUGGUCAUUGUACAAAAAUUCCUUAUUUAGAUGGAAAAAUACCUGAAAAAGCUAAAAUGCAAUCAUAUCCAUGUGUUGAACGUCAUCAAAUGGUUAUGAUUUGGUAUCAUCCAUCAAAUGAACCACCUCAUUAUGAUGCAAUUUGUAUCGAUGAAUUAUCAACUAGUCGUUUUGAAUUUCGAGGUGUUUAUCGUUAUCCAAAUAUUCAUAUGCAUUUACAAGAAUUUGCUGAAAAUGCUGCUGAUGUUCAACAUUUUCAACCAUUACAUGGUCAAAUGUUAAUACCAUGGACGGAAUGGCAUGUACCAUUUGUUAAAGUUCAUCAUCAAGCAUCAUUAGAAUUUGAUGAAAAACCAUAUCUUGCAUAUUUUUAUGAUACAGCAAUGAUACAAAUCUUUGGUAAGCAAUAUCCAUCAACAAAAGUUGAUGCAUCAAUUACAUUUCAUGGACCUGGUGGUAUAACAUUAUUUCGUUUUGAUGGAUCAUUUGGAAGAAUUUAUUUAUUUCAUACACAUACACCAACAGGUUAUACAGAAUUAGAUGUGGAAUUUUUAGCUUUUGUCGAAACAAAAAUUCCAAGAUUAUUAAAUUGGUAUGUUAUUGGAAAUUGGAUUGCACAAUGGCAAAGAGAUAUAUCUAUUUGGGAAAAUAAAGUACAUAAACGUGCACCCUUUCUUGUAAAAAAUGAUGGUCCUAUAUUGAAAAUGCGUCGAUGGUAUAAUCAAUUUUAUGUUUCGAAAGAUGAACAAGAAACAUUGGAUUGGUGA